AUGACAGAAUACGACGUUGACUUUUUAAUAUCACUGAUUGAGGAGCGCCCUAUUCUUUGGGACACUAGUAAUGAAGAUUAUAAAAACAAAUUCAUCAAACAUGAUGCUUGGAAAGACGUGUGUAAAAGUUUAUUUCCAAAUUUCGAGGAAAAAGAAAACAAUGAAAAAACUAAACUUGGUAAUUCAGUAAUACAAAAAUGGAGGGGGAUUAAGGAUACCUUUAAUAAAUAUGAAAAUAAACUCAAAGAUGCAAGUAGGUCAGGCUCUGGAUCCAAAAAUAUAAAAGAAUACCAUCUGUACAAACAAUUACAAUUUCUUAAGAAAAAAUUUCAAAAUCAGACCACUACUAGUAUAAAUGAGUCAGAAAAUGAGCAAGAUAAUCAAGAAGGUACAUCUAAAACACGUUACCAAAGGCAGCCACCAAAAAGAAAGAUGGUUAAUAAUAAAUUUGAAGAUGAUAUUGUAAAGAUUUUAGAGGAACCUGAGAAUAGACACAUAUCUUUUUUUAAAGGUAUUCUACCAUCACUUGAACUAUUAGAUGACAAUAAAUCACUAAUCUUUCAGAGCAGAGUUCUUCAAAUUUUAACAGAAUUGCAUCAACCUCAUGGCUACUACUAUCCGAAUAGCAACGACCUCGACAUCUUGCGACAUUUUGCGACAUCUCAACAAACGCCACUGAUACGACCACAGUCAUCUAACGUAACAGAUCCGUCAGAUACAGGAGACAUCAUAGACGUCCCCGCGACCGAAACGCAAUACACGCCGCGGCCACCAGAGCCAACACGCCUCAAGAAACGCAAGCGCAAGUUACAGCCAUGCAUUCAACCGAAGGCAGAGAAUAUAGAUGAAGACAGGCAUUUUCUUAUGUCGCUGAUUCCCACUUUUAGAAAGAUGUCAGACAAUGAGAAGCUUACAGCGAAGGUGGAAAUACUUAAAGUCAUUCAACAGGUACGGAGUUCAAAUGCGGGCAUAGAGUUUAGGAGCGCAGAUGUAUUCAUCGAGGAAGGGACAGAAGAGGGCAGUGGAGGGGUCAAAUUAGAGUUGCUAUCUGAAGGGCAGAGCGAACCCAGCUACUCAGACACCGAUGACGAUGAAGAUUUGAGUUCCUAA